GACGCUGUAGUGUCUUUCUGACGUCAUCACGUUAGGAGUUUUGCCAAACAGAGGAAGCAGGAAAAAGCCACGUUGACGGAUCGUGGCUACUCAGAAGGCAAGUCAGCAAGGGAGAUCUGAAGGGGAGCUUUCAACUAAACAAACUUUUCACUAAACAUGUCAUCGCCACCAAAAGAGAAAACGGAAACAAAAGCUGGACACCUCCCUGCUGUAAAAGCAGGUGGGAUGCGAAUUGUACAGAAACAUCAGGGAGCUGGAGAGCAGAACCAGGAAAAUGACAAAGACAGCAAAGAAUAUGAAAGCAGCAGUCCACCUAAACCAACUCUGGUCAUUUCUGGUGCAGUUACAAAGGGUGAUAAAGAUUUCCCUCCAGCAGCAGCCCAGGUAGCGCAUCAGAAACCCCAGCCGUCUGUAGAGAAGCUGCCCUCAGCCCAUCAAAUCAAUCAGCACAUCCACCAGCCGCGCAAGUGAACCAGCAGUCAGGAGUCAGCCUUCUAUCCAUUCCAGGAGAACUUGGCAUCAACAUGUUUGCAUGUACAAGGAACACACACAAAAUCAGCUUUUCUAGAUGUCUCUACUCUUAACAUUCCAUGCUAUUUUUAAAAAUGAUAUUUGAGGCUACUUGGUAUUCUGUAUAUUACAGUUUAUUGAAAACAUGCAUGCUAUCAUGCUGUGGUGUAACUCGUGUUUUGUAGAGGAAUGAAUAGACAGUGUGUUUUCCUUCUGCAUGUAAACAUGUGGUACAUUUCAGGAAACACAGUAUAAAUCAAAGCAUAUAAUGUUGAUUUAAAGUACAGAGAUGAAGACUGAGGUUUUUUUUCUUAAUGAAAAAAAUCAUUAUUCUUUUUUUUUUUUUUUAAGUAAUUGAUCCUUUUUAUGUAAUUUAAUCUCCUUUAUGAAAAUAUGUCAAACCAAUUGGUGUAAACAAAUUUGAGGAUGUCAGAUUAAUUUUUUUUGGUUUUUAUUUGAAAUUGAAAUAAACAAUGGCCAUUCCA